GUUAUCAGCUUCUGGUUGGGGUCAUCUUGGCAUAACACCCUUAUCUUCCGAAGGACCGAUGGAGAGCAAAGGAGAAACCAUGAUGCCUCCUCUCAACACUUCGUGUCCCUCUCCUGUCCCCUUCCUGCUGGUGGGCAUCCCGGGACUAGAGCACCUGCACGUCUGGAUCGGGAUCCCCUUCUGCUCCAUGUACGUGGUGGCCGUGGUGGGGAACGUGACCAUUCUGGCUGUGGUGCGGGCAGAGCGCAGCCUCCACGAGCCCAUGUGCCUCUUUCUGUGCAUGCUCUCGGCCACCGACCUGGUCCUCUCCACAGCCACCCUGCCCCGCAUGCUCUGUCUCUUCUGGCUCGGAGCCCGCGCCAUCGCCUUGGAUGCCUGCCUGGCCCAGAUGUUCUUCAUCCAUAGUUUCACUGCUCUGGAAUCGGGCUUCUUGUUGGCCAUGGCCGUUGACCGUUACGUGGCCAUUUGUCACCCACUGCGCCACACGACCGUCCUCACCCCCGCGCGCAUCGCUCUCCUGGGGGUGGUUGUGGUGGUUCGAGGCGUGGCCUUCUUUUCCCCACACCCCGUUCUGCUCAAACAGCUGCCCUACUGUGGGCCUCGCAUCAUCGCCCACACCUACUGUGAGUUCAUGGCUGUCGUGAAGCUGGCGUGUGUGGACACGGGGGCCACCAAGCGUUACAGCCUCAGCGUGGCUACUAUCAUUGGCUCAUGCGAUGCGGUUCUCAUUGCUGUAUCCUAUGUCUUCAUCCUCCGCUCUGUGUUCCACCUGCCAUCCCGAGAAGCUCGCUCUAAGGCGUUGGGUACCUGCGGCUCCCAUGUCUGUGUCAUCCUUGUCUUCUACUCCACAGCUGGCUUUUCCAUUUUCACCCACCGUUUUGGGAAAAAUAUACCUGCACAUAUCCAUAUUUUUAUUGCAAAUAUGUACCUUUUGGUGCCUCCUUUUCUCAACCCCAUUGUUUAUGGAGUAAGGACCAAGAAAAUACGGGAGCUUGUUCUGAAGACAUUAAUGGUCAAAGGUGUCUGA